CUCCCGCCGCCGCCACCCAUGUUCCUCGGGAGCUUGUCCCUUCGCCAACCAAAUCUUCCCCUCGGGAUCCCCUCCCGAUCCGAACCACCAACCGAAGCCGCCACCUUCCUCGUUUUCUAGAUCGGGCCAACCACAACCUUCCAAUCCAUCGAUCCCCAUCCAACCACCUGCCCGAGCUCCUCCGUUCGAAGCCACCAGAGAGCCUCCGUGCUGGCUGGAUGUGGGAACGAGAGGGAGCUCCUCCCGUUUGCUCCUCCCUCCAUGGAGUCGUCGCCAUCGGCGCACCCAGCCACCUGGACCUCGCCCCGUCUUCCUCGUCGACCAGGACCGGCCUCGUCCCUCUCUCUCGCCCUUCGUUCUCCUCCUUCUGUCUCUCUCGCGCUCUCAAUUUCUGUCUCUCUCGCCAGGUACAUGAGUAAUAGGAGCUCACCCUGCUGCCAUGGCCACCGUUCCGUGCCGUCGAGCCCCGCCUCCCUCGCGCCGGAUCCAUCCAUCCCCGAUGCCUGCGCCUCCUUCCUGCUCGGAUCCAGCGAAUUCCGAGCCAAGCCGUCGCUCUUCUUCCAGCUGACCCUCACUGGAGUCGCGCCAUGUUCCCCUACGUCAAGCCUCGACCUUGAGCUCUUCCCCAACGCCGUUCCUGGCCUCCACCUCUCGUCGCCGCCGAGGACGUGCGCAGCCGCCUCCUUCAAUUCGUCGCGCCGCCACCUAGUUCGCCGGAUCCGCUGCCUGUCGGCCCCUUCUCCGCCUGGAGCUUCGUCUCCUGCACCCGCGCCCAUAUCCGGUCAUCCCCGCCGCCAAACUCCGCGUCCCUGCAGUCCCGCGCCGCCGCCGCUUCCUGUCGAGCGAGCAGAGGAGGAUGAUGCCUCGUUCAGCGCCGUUGACCGCGCGAGCAUCGUCAGCGCCUCCCUGCCUCGCAUCGUGGACUGGCUCCAGCACCCUUCGCCAAGGCCCAGCCCCGCGCCGCUUUUUCCUCAGCCCAGCGGCUCCUACACCGAUCGGGCCAACAGCCCAUGUUCCGGUUAUGUUGCGAUUGUAAGGAUUCGUUCGACUACGUCCGUUUGUCUUCUUCAUGGACUUGUUCUUCUUCCUAGCGGGAUUUCAGUGCUCUCAAUUGCGUUCAUUUCCGUUGUGCUCUUUCUUUCAACCUUUCAACCUCUCAAGGACACGAAAACACCAGCCGUCCUCGUCCUCGGCAUGCUCAAGUGGCAGAUGAUCGCCGGUACCCCGUUCCCGUACCUGAGCUGCUUCGCGGCCAGGUUCCGGCACGACGAGCGCAAGGCCAUCGUCCUGCGCACCGUCAAUUGCAUCUUUGCCUCCAUCAAAGCGAUGAGCUCGGUGGAGUACCAGCCGUCGACCAUGGCGCUGGUGUCGAUCCUGGUCGCGCGCGGCGGCAGUGAGGGGAGGACGGGCCCGAACCUAGAGGAGGAGCUCAAGGUGAUCUUGGGCUCAUCAUGGCAGCAAUUACACACCGGGCAUGUGUAUUCCUGCUACAGCGUGAUGGUUCAAGAGGAGGACAGGUCCGUGCAGUCGAGCAGGGAGGUGGCUUCCUCCGGCGUCUCCGCCGCCGCCCCCGCCGGGAGCCCGGGCACCUCCGUCGCCAUGGCCGUGGCCGCCAACGACAAUAAUGCCAUUGCCACCACCUCGGCGGACAAUAAGAGGAGAAGGCUGCAUUCGCCUCAGCGCCAGUAGGCAGUAGGAGGAGAUGGAUGGAUGUUUUGGCUGGAGUUCAGCUCGCACUCCAGCUGCUGCUGAUUUCUGUCACCCCCCUAGCCUUAGACUUUUUUUCAUUAGCUUGAGCAGUGAUUUUGGUGGUGGUGGUGGCUAAAUAGGGGGCAGGACUUGAUUCUUAUGAUUGUGCAAUUAUUACAGCUGAUUGGUAAGUUAGGAUCGGAAAGAUUUUGGUUUUCAGGAGAUCUUUCCCGUCCCAGGCUUAAAAAGGCAGUGUAAAGAGGAGAGAGAGAGAGAGAAAGGCCAAGCAGCAGUAGUGUACUGCUGCAAAGAGCUCUCAGCUCAGCUCAAAGUGAGGUGAAAAGAAAAGAGUGCAAAGCCUAGGCAUGAGUUUCCAAGGGAAUGAUUCUGAGCAGGGCGCUGGGCAUGUAUUCGGCACCAAUCAGAUGCCUCUCUGGUCUGGAUCUGUUUCUCCUGUCCUGUGAGUUUCCAAGGGAGAGUUUCAAAGGGAAUGAAGGAU